UGGGGGGCAAAACAAGCAUUAAUUUUUUAGCAGACAAAAAAUCUUUAACUGUUUAUCUAGGCCUGUUUAUUAUUAUUAAGAGGCAAACGAAUUAUCCUCUAUUCUUGAAUUUAAUUGAAUUAAAAAUACUCUUAAUUUAAUAUCAAAGCGUCAUGAUGUGUAUAAUAUAAAUAUUUAAUUCUUCCAACCGUUAUUUAAUUCGAUUUAGUUUUUCUUCUUUUCAACUUGAAAUUUUAUUUUUAUUUUUAAACUUAUCUGACUGAAAUAUUGGUCGGCCUUCUGGUGAUGCUGAAGUUGCUAAUGCGAACCUGCUGAGUGCAAUUGCAGAAUUUGAUGGCUGGAAAAAAGAAUAGACCUCCUAAGUUGAAGUUUAAUGAAGAUGUCAGUGUUCCAACACCUGUAGUUCCACCAAGAAAUUUGGACACUCGAACUACUAUUACGAUUGCUGACAGAGUAUUUGAAGUAGCUGCUGAUGACUUAGAAACUAUAUGCGAGUUGGGCCGUGGAGCAUACGGUAUUGUAGAAAAGAUGCUGCACAGGCCAAGUCGAACUGAAAUGGCAGUUAAAAGGAUCACAGCUACAGUUAAUAAUGAAGAGCAAAAAAGACUUUUAAUGGAUUUGGACAUAUCCAUGAGAAGUAGUGAUUGCCCAUAUACUGUUCAAUUUUAUGGGGCAUUAUUCCGAGAAGGUGAUGUCUGGAUUUGUAUGGAAGUUAUGGAUACAUCUUUAGACAAGUUUUAUCCAAAAGUCAAAACAGCUGAUGAAACUAUUCCUGAAGAAAUAUUAGCAAAAAUUGCAUUUGCUGUUGUGAGUGCUCUGUACUAUCUUCAGGUUAAACUGAAAGUUAUUCAUCGUGAUGUGAAGCCAUCCAACAUUUUAAUAAGUAGAAGUGGGGAAGUUAAAAUUUGUGAUUUUGGAAUUUCUGGACAUUUAGUGGAUUCUGUUGCAAAGACUAUUGAGGCAGGCUGCAAACCUUAUAUGGCUCCAGAACGCAUCAAUCCUGCUGCUAAUCAGAAAGGUUAUGAUAUUAGAUCUGAUGUUUGGAGUUUGGGUAUAACUAUGUAUGAACUCUCUAUGUUGGAGUUUCCUUAUCAUACAUGGGGUAAUCCUUUUGAGCAACUCAAGCAAGUAGUGCAGGAUGAUCCACCUAGGCUCAAAAGUGGUAAAUUUUCUGAAGAAUUUGAAGAUUUUAUAUCCCGGUGUUUACAAAAAGACUACACACUAAGGCCUAAUUACCCUCAACUUCUACAGCAUCCAUUUAUAUCAUCAGAUUCUACACAUAACUAUGAUAUCUCGAGAUAUGUAUCAUUUGUUUUAGAUAUAUUUCAAUUGAUACCGUAAACUAGCCUACGUUCAUAAACAUAUUUGAACUAGAAUAUUCAUCUCCCACUAUUUGCAUAUUUAAUACCCAUAUAAUUAUAAAAUAUAAUGAGUAUCUAAAAGCCCAGCAAUGUCUUGUAUAAUCAAAAGGAGUUUUGCUAUGAUUCCUCCCCUUUUUAAAUUAUUUAUUUACCUUUAAAUUAAUUUAAUCUUUUAUGCUAAAUUGACAAUUGUUUUUAUCUUGAAAAUCUUUUAAUUAAUUUAUAAAAAAAUUUUAAAUUUUGUUAACAUUGAUUUACUUUAAUGUAUUUGUUUCAAUUGUGCAUGUAUAUAGAAUUUUAUUAAUAACUAUAAUUUUUUUUAAUGAACUGUAUUUGGAAAAUUACUUGACAAUAAUCUUAUGCUACUUAAGAAAAAGUCUGACAUUGUGGUUGUUGCUUAUAAUGUUGGGGUUAUAUUUUAAAAGAAAGUGAUUGUUAAAUACAUGAAUUACCUAUAUAUAUUUUGUUAGAGAAAGAAUUUGUUUUGUUUUAUGGUAUUAACACUUUUUACCUGUAUAUAUUUUUUAUAAUUUAAUGAUUUUUAGAAAUAGGAAUAGGAUUAUAUAAUAACAUCAUUGCAUUGGGUGUAUUAUAUUUUUGAUAUGUUUAGUGAAUGUAGUGUUAACUCUUUAAAAUCAGUUUUUUUUAUUUAUUUCACUUAAAGCAAUUGGGGGUAUAAUAUUUUUUCUUAGCUCAUUUCACUUAUGAGUAUAGUAUUGAAAGAUGUAUUGCUUCUUGUUAUUAUUUGAAUGUCACAUUCUGGCCAACCCAUAGCCCUCUUUUGUUGUCUGGCAAUUUUAUACGGAAACUAUGUCAUGACACCGGCUAUUAUUUUGUAGUUGAGUAUGAAAGCAAAGCAAAACAUUCAAAAAUAAACUCUAGUAAAGUUUAGUUGUAUUGAAUGAAAUGAAAUUAAACUUUGGACAUGAUGCACAAAGCUUUUCUAAAUUUCAUAAAUUGAGAUAGAUAAUGCAAGUGCAAUAACGAGUUAACUCGUCAUCGGUCAACAAUGUGUUAACAAAAUCCACAAUAAACAAAUGCAAAUAUGCGCUGGUUAUACAAUGAGUAAAAUAAAAUUUUAGUUGUCUAAUUGGUAUUUAUAUUUACAGUUAUUUAUAUAACUGUUAUAAAUGAAAGAUUAUUUUACUGUUGACGAAAGAAAAAUAUAAUUCGAUUCAGUUUUUAAUUUAUGCUCCAGAAUUAAUAUGCAUAUCCACGUGGACUAGAGAUAAUAUGGCGUUGCCUGAUAAUGAGCAAAGCUGGCACAAGCUCAUCAUCUGAAAGAGGUCUUUGGACUGUGGCAAACUUAGGGCGAAGUUUUCAUAUACUUCGUUACUGUUUUCAAACCAAAUGGUAUUUUGUCUAAGUAUAAAAAAAUUGUAAAAAAUUUAACAGUAAUAUCUCUCUAUCUGCCAUUAAGUAAUCUCAGUUAUACACUUUGUUUUGCCU